AUGGGAGGAAAAAAGUGGAAAGUAGUGGGGGUUUAUGAAAACGGUGAUAUGCAGGAGAAAUCAGAGGAGAUGACAGAAAUGAUUGAAGAAAAUAAAGAAGGAAUUAGACUGAUAAUAGCUUUGGCUUUAGACGGUGAACUGUCGGGAACUGCUAAAGAAUCUGCUAAAUAUUGCGGAAAAAUGAUUGGUUGCUACUAUCAAACAUACCCGCCAAAUAUUCCAGGACCUGCGUUACAUUUAGAGGACAUCGAUCCGUCUCUUUGCAGUCAUAUAUAUUACGAUUUGGCAACAAUAGGAGCAAACGCUUCUGUUGAAAGUGGAUAUCUAUAUGAAGAUAUCAAAGUCGAAAGCGAAAGAAUUAAGAAGUUUAAUGAUCUUCAGAAGAAGAACCCCGAUUUGAAAACCAUUGGUACAAUGGCGGGAAUUUGCAAUGUUAACCAUAAAUUACUUACUGAUCGGGAUCUGCGAGAGAAACUUGCCGAUAAUGUUUUUAAAUACGUGGAAAAAUACGGAUUCAAUGGUAUGGACAUUGACCAUUCAGCUCUACCUAAACGUGGUGAACAUCCUUGUGAUAAAAAAAGUUUCGUUUUAUUAGUGAAGUCACUCAAAGAAAAAUUUGAUAAAAAGCGGUUCAUUCUCUCUGUAAAAGUUGAUCCCAAUAAAGCGGCUGCCAAGAUAUUAUAUGAUAUCAAAGGAAUAUCGAGAUACGCAGACUUCAUAAAUUUAAAGACUUUUAAUUUUCACGGAUACACUGAUGAGGACAAGAAAAAUGGUAUUGGCCAUACUAGCCCAAUGUAUCAUUCAUCAAAGGAAAAUCCGGAGGAUUAUGUUGUGAGAUACUGGAUUACCGAGGGUGCUCCACAAAACAAGUUAUUACUGGGAACCUCUUUCACUGGAUUGUCUUAUAGUUUGAAUAAUCCAAACACUUUUCGUAGAGGUGCACCAUUUACUUAUAGAGGAGAAUUUGGUGAUGCGAUGCCAUAUUUUGAAUUUUGUAAAAUAAUAAAACAAUGGUCCUAUUUCUACGACCCAGAACAGAAAGUACCGUAUAUUCACAAGAAAAAUCAAAUUGUGGCCUAUGAUGAUGUUCGUUCCAUCGAGGUGAAGGCCAAAUAUGUGCAGGACAUGCAUCUUGGCGGUGCCAUGGUAAUGACUAUAGAUAAUGAUGAUUCCGGCGGAGUUUGCGGGAAAAAAUUUCCACUUUUAAAGGCUUUGAACCGACUCCUCAGAAAAAAAUGUUAA